AUGACUGCAUUAGCCAAAGUUUUUGAUAGUGUUCCCGAUUGUGUUGGAUAUUUAAUUAUGAGUGACGAUGGCUCGAUUGAGCAUAGUCAUGGUGACUUACAAAAUAAUGAAAAUGCUGCAAAUUUAAUUUAUAAAAUGGUCUUAUGUGCAGCAAGAAUCAGUGUUCAUCCAACAAAACAUAUGGCAUUUAAAAGAUUUACAGUUUCUGACGAUCAAUAUGUUUAUUGUAUCUCUUCUGCAAAUCAUCGAAUUUAUGCAGCUAAGCGUCGGCAAGAAUCAUCGGCGAUUGCUUGA